AUGGUGAGUUGGGAGUUCAUAGGUGAAGCACUGACUGGAUACGGGUUCCCUGAGACUUUCAUACAAUUAGUCAUGACAUGUGUUACCACCACUAAAUUUACAGUGAAGGUUAAUGGAGAAAGUGUUGGGUAUUUUGAAGGCAGAAGAGGACUGAAACAAAGGGACCCAAUAUCCCCAUUACUAUUUGUCUUAGUCAUGGAGUACUUGUCCAGAACACUUAAGAAAAUGAGUGAGCUUCCAGAUUUCACAUACCACCCAAUGUGUAAGGAUCUCAAGUUAACUCAUCUGAUCUUUGCAGAUGGUUUGAUGAUUUUAUGUAAAGGUGAUAUAAAAUUCAUUGCUAGAGUGAUGGAGGCCAUAAGCCAUUUUAGCAUAACAGGAUUUACUAUAGGGACCCUUCCUAUCAAGUACCUUAGAAUGCCCCUCUCUUUCAAAAAGUGGAGUAAAAUGGAAUGUCAUGAACUAAUGGGGAAGAUAACUAAUGGGGUCAGGAAUGCCUACUCAAGAUGCCUAUCAUAUGCAGGGAGGUUACAAAUUAUAAAUGUUGUAUUGUUCUCAAUAUAUAACUUCUGGGGAGCUAUAUUCAUCCUACCUCAGAGUGUUUUGAAAGAGAUGGACAAAAUAUGUAGGGAUUAUCUUUGGGGUAGUACUGAAGAUCACAGAAAACUUACAUUAGUAGCUUGGGACAGAGUGUGUACUCCUAAGAAGUAUGGUGGGCUGAACAUCAAAGGGUGCAAGAAUUGGAAUAUAGCUGUUGUAGGAAAACUACUCUGGUAA